AUGGCGUCUCAAAUACCGCCCCUACUAGAGUCGUACCUCGCCCUGCCGCCCGAGACCUCCCAGAUCGUGCUCGCCGGCAUCCUCGGCGCGAGCACCAACUGGCUGGCUCUGCGGUACCUCUACAGCCUGCUCCGGUCCGCGAACGCCGCGGCACCGCAGCGCAACGGCGGCGGCGAUGCAGACGGGGCCGGCGAGGACGUCAAGGUGCUGCUCGUGAGCUUCAUGAGGGACCACGCGUUCUGGAAGGAAGGGGCCGGACGGCUGGGUCUCAACCUCGACGCCCUGGCGGCUCGAGGCAGGUUCCUCUUCGUCGACGGUCUCAGCAGGCUGUUCCUUGGUGCUGACGGGCCCGUUGCACCGGCCGCUGGGCGUGGCCCAGGCCAGCAGCAGCAUUUGUACCUCGACAGUCCGCGCCUCGCUGACGUCGCGAGGGUGCUCGGUGCCGCCAUCGAGAGGCUGCAGGCUGCGGGUGGCAAGGUCGUCCUGAUACUGGACCAGCCGGACGUGCUGCUCGCGGCUGCGUCGCCUGGGGACGGCGUCACGGGGACGGCAUGGAAGGACGUGCUACUUGGUUUACGAGAGAAAGUUCACGCGGCCGUUCUCACCUUGUCGGCAGAUGAGCCACUGGUUUCGGCGCAGACUACGACUUUGGAGAAGGAGCAUGCUGCCUUCGUCUUGUCCCUGGCGCACGAGGCCGAGGCGAUCAUCAGCUUAAGGCUGCUAGACACGGGGACAGCCAAGGACGUCAGUGGGGUGGUCAGGAUCACUGGAGGUGGAGACGAUCUGGACCGGGUUAUAGAGGAGCACGAGUAUCUGUACCAUGUUGGCGGAGAUGGCGUGGUCAAGGUCUUCGAGCGCGGGCAAUAG